AUGGUUAGUUUAACAAUGAGCCAUUUAUUGGCAUCUUCAACAAAUAAUCGAAAACAAUUAACAGAUGGAGAUUCUGUAACAACAACAACAACAGCAACAUCUUCUAAUGCUCCAGUUUUUCAAUCUAAUUUAGCUUGUGUUUUAAAUGAUCCGAAAAAAACACGUGCAGAAAUUUCAACAUUUUUUACAAAAGCAUGGGGUAAUUCAUUUGUUGAUCGUUUACCUGACCCAUUAGCUCGUCUUGGUGAUUAUAAUCUUAGUGAUUUUGAAACAUAUUUUCAAAGUUUACGUAAAAGUGAAAAAUAUGGUCGACCUCAUUUAAGACAACCAUCAUCAAAUGAUACUAAUCUUCCACAAAAAACAAAUCCUGUUAUUAACAUUCCACAAUUAUUUCUUUCAUCACAAUUUACUUUAAGUGAUAGCUCAACAUUUAAUAUGGUUUUCCCAGGAAUGAUUCCAAAUAAUCGCUCAUUAUCUCCAACUAAUUUUGAACAACAACAACAACAAAAAUCAAGAACAACAUCAACAAGUAGUGAAAAAUCAGAAGGAAAUAAUAGAAGACAAUCAACUUCAUCAACUAAUAAUACAAAAUCAACAUCAAAUGGUUCUGUUAGUAAUACAGUGUCGAACAGUUCAUCACCAAAACAUUCAAUAAGUUCCGCGACACGUUUAUUACAAGAUAAAUAUACCCAUUAUUUAGAUGAAGUUGAAUUAUUAAUAACACGUGCAUUAUCAACAAAAUCCCAUUGUUUUCAUGAUGCUGUUCGUUCUCAUGAUGAAAUUCAAUCAUUUUUAAAUACAACACGUCAUGCAAUAUCAUCACUUCGUUGUGAAUUAUCAAACUAUGAUAACCAAUCGUUAUUAACAUUACUUCGUCUUUAUCGUUUACUUCGUCAACGACAAAAUCAACGACAACUUCUUAAACGUUUAGAAUCUUUAUCCAUAGUUAAACAAACACAUAUGCAAGUUCAAGCAUUAUUAACAACAAGUGAUUAUUUAUCUGCAUUAGAUUUAAUUGAUCAAACAAGAGAUAUUAUAUCAACACAAUUAAAUGAUCUAUCAUCUUUGAGAUUUUUUGAUACACAAUUAAGUGAACUUUAUAAAUUAAAUAUUAGUCUUAUGAGACAAGAAUUUGGACAAACUUUAAAUCAACAUUUAACAACACAACAAGAUUUACCAUUAACAAGUGAUUAUGUUGAAGAAGAUAAAUUUACAACAAUGCUCAUUGGAUUAAUUCGAGUUAAAGAUGAAAAAUAUAUUGAUGAAAUUCGUUCGAAAUUUGAAUCAUUUAUAUUUGAUAUUAUUGAAAAAACCGUAACAUCAAAUUCAAAAGAUAAUAAUCUUGACAAAUAUAACAAAACAAUUGUAAAAAAUAACAGUGAUCAAUCGAUAUCAAAUGAUGAAAAUUCUUCCAAUACUCGUUACAUCUAUUCAUCAACCAUAAAUUCAAAUUCAAGUUCAUUUAUAUCUUGGUUUCGAUUAAUAAAUAUUGUUUUAACAUCAACUGAACAAGGUCUUAAUCGUCUUUCAAAUGUUUGUCAAUUAAUAAGUGAAUCACUUGUGAAACAUCAACAAAAUACAAAUUCAUCUAUAAUAACUUUAUUAUAUGAAUUAUAUGAUACAGUUGAAGAUCGUCUUAUAACAAUUUUAACACAAGAAUGUACACGUUAUCAAGUUCAAGUUGAACGUUUAACACUUGAUGAAUAUGCUCAAAUAGUUAAAUUAAUUGAUAAUUUUAUUUUAAAAAUAAAUCAAUAUGAAAAAAAAUAUAAUUCACGACCAUUAAAAACAUUUUUACAAUCUCAAACAAGUAAAUUUUUAAAUCAUUUUCAUGAUGAAAGAAAACAACGUGUAUCAGAUACAUUAGAUAAUGAACAAUGGAAACAGGUUGCUGUGCCACGUUCAAUUCAAAAUUCAGUUGAUGAACUUUUUUCUAGAACAUCUUCAAUAAAUCCAAAUGGUUCAGAUACAUUAAUUAUUGAAAAUGAACAUUUUGUUUUAUCAAAUAGUGCUCUUCAUUUAUUUAUGUUAGUACUUGAUUAUUGUUCAUGUGCACAAUUAUUAACUUCAUCAUCAAUAAAUGAUGUUCAACAUCGUCUUAUUGAAUUACUUAAUUUAUUUAAUUCAAAAACAUGUCAAUUAGUAUUAGGUGCUGGAGCUGUUAGAUUAGGAAGAAUCAAAACGAUUUCAGCUAAAAUUCUUGCUAUUACAUGUAGAUGUUUACAAUUCAUUAAAAUUACUUUACCAUUAAUUAAAUUACGUUUUGAUCAAUUACAGACUUCAUCUGAAUCUUCAUCAACAAUAUCAUCAAUUUCAUCGAAUAAACAAUUUGAACAACUAACAAAAUUAUAUUCUGAACAUAUUGAUGAAAUUCAUGGGAAAUUAAUAUCAAUAAUUGAAACUGCAUUUGAUGAUACAUUAUCAUCAUAUGAAGUUCGUGCACCAAUGCCAAGUGAUUGUUUUCGUACACUUGUAACACGACAUAUAGCUGUUUUUUAUAAUGCUGUUGCACGUAUUGUUUCACCUAGUGAUCUUAUUUUGCUUUUCACACGUCUUAAUUCAAUAUUUAAACAAUUAUUAGCAAAACGUUUACGACAAUUAAGAAUUGCUAAUGAUGGUGGACCACAACAUGGUCUUUUAACAAGUGAUCUUUUGUAUUAUAUUAAACAAGUUCAAAAUUUAUCUGGACUUGAAAUGUUAGAGUUACAUGUUGAUGAAAUUUGGACUACAAAUUAA